CAUGCGCCCACGGGCCGCGCGGCCGCCAUUGCUCUCCCGCGACCGAGUGGAGCGGCGUGUUAGCCGUCCGCGGGCCGGGGAGGAAGGCUGCGUGCAGCGCCUCGACGACAGCGCCCCGGAGCUGCAGGGGCAGUACACGUAGGGCGGGGUGUCCCGUUUAGGCCCGGCUGACUGGAGUAAGGACUACAAGCCCCGAAGUCUGUUGCGCCUCAGGGUUGCAGGAGGCAGUGAUCACCUACCCUGGAACCAUGGUCCACGCCUUCCUCAUCCACACCUUGAGGGCCCUGCAUGCUGAGGACACGGGGCUUUGCCGAGUGCUCUACUCCUGUGUCUUUGGCGCCGAGAAGUCACCUGAUGACCUGCGGCCACACGGUGCCGAGAGGGACAGACUCCUCCACAAGGAGCAGAUUUUGGCUGUGGCCAGGCAGGUGGAGUCAAUGUGCCAGUUGCAGCUGCAGGCAUCCGGCAGGCCCCCCAUGGACCUGCAGCCCCAGUCCUCAGAUGAGCCAGUGCCCUUGCACGAGGCCCCACGCGGAGCCUUCCACCUGGCUGCAGGCGACCCUUUCCAGGAGCCACGGACGGUGGUGUGGCUGGGCGUGCUCUCAUUAGGCUUUGCCCUGGUGCUGGACGCCCAUGACAACCUGCUGCUGGCUGAGGGCACACUCCGGCUGCUGGCCCGUCUCCUCGUGGACCACCUCCGGUUGCUGGCCCCUGGCACCAACCUCUUGCUACGGGCCGACCGCAUUGAGGGCAUCCUCACCCGUUUCCUGCCCCAUGGUCAGCUGCUGUUCCUCAACGACCAGUUCGUCCAGGGCCUGGAGAAGGAAUUCAGUGCUGCCUGGCCCCGCUGAUUCCUUGCUGGAAUGGGGCCUCCCAAGAGGGCAAAGAAGGAGGGCAGAGGCCGGACACACAGCCAGGUGAAGGAUGGCAUCUGCCUCCUGCCCAGCCUGCUCCCAGCUCUGAUGUACUGCCACACUCAGGACAAGUGGGCUGGACAGAGGGUGGAGGGGGUGCUGUGUCCUCAGGUUGGUAAAAUCGCAGAACAUCCUGAGCCUAGAGCUGCCAUGUGACUUUUUCAGACUGCUACCUUGUCCUUAACCCACCUUUCUCCAGCGCCAGCAGCCACUGGUGCAGGAGUGGUCAGGAGGGGCUGUCAGGAACUUAGCCCGCCUUGUCCUUCCAAACUCAAAGUCAUUGCAACACAAAAGGGGUCUCAGGGAGCUGUGCCCACACCCUGGCAGGCCCCGGCCCCGACUUUGUGUCCACUUAGGUGAUAUUGUUGGUGAGAGCCUGCCCGGUGUCCAGCCCCGCCGAGGUUCAGAGUUGUGUGAGCCAUUUGGCAGGAGGAUUCUGAAGCUCCUUUUGCACUGAGCCCAUGCCCGCCGGGCAGGCACCAGAUCAGAUCAUCACCGGCUUUCCUCACCUACAGGGAGAGAAGGUGCCGGCAGGUGAAUGUGAGAGGUCUGGUCUGAUGGUGAUGUCUUUCUCAUUUUGAAUUAAAAGCACUGGCAGUGUGAUCUCA